AAAAGCGUUGUAUUAAAAAAAAUGAGAAUUACCCCAAACUUUCUUAUACAGAUGGAGAAGUAGUGUCUAAUUAAGUAUGCAGACAGAUUAAUUAAUAUAGCACAAUUAUCGUUCUGAACUCCCAAUCAGACAGAUUCCUACGAAAUUAUAACAAGAUGCGUACACACUCGAUAUCUUUUUUUUUUUUUUUUUAAUACCAUUUUGGUUAGACAGUACUGUAUAUAAAAUACUGUACUUAUUUUUGGAGUCCAAAUAAAUAGGACACCUGUUUGGUGCCUGUUUUUAGUUUCCGGACAGGAAUGAGAACGAUGUUACACAUCUCCCACACGUAAUAAUGUUCGUCUGUAAUUUGGCGUAUGUAUGUAGUUCCACUUUGCAAAACGGUGAAGUAUUUUGAACAAAUCAGGAGUCUGUUUUUAAUAUUGUACUACACAAACAGUAUAUAUAUAGAUAUUUAAUAUAAAAAAAAAAAAUGAAUAACCUGAAUGCAGGUGCUGCUGAUGAGUAUCAGAGCGGCACUCUUUCAAGAGAAGACUGCAUUUAUACAAGCUGCUACUGUGAGGAAAAUGUCUGGAAGCUCUGUGAACACAUUAUGAUCCAAAAACAGUUUCAUUUGGAGGAAGUGUAUGCUGUGUUUAUCUCUAAUGAUAGAAAGAUGGUGCCCAUUUGGAAACAGAAGUCAAAUAGUGGAGAUGAACCAGUCUUGUGGGAUUACCAUGUUAUUUUACUACAUGUACCAAGCAGAGGUCAAAAUGUAAUCUAUGAUCUAGACACAGUCUUGCCAUUUCCCUGUCCCUUUGACACCUACGCCAAAGAUGCAUUGAGAUCAGAUGACUUUAUUAAAUCCAUAUACAGAAGGAAGUUGCGAGUUAUACCCGCUGACGUAUACUUGAAGACCUUCGCCUCUGAUCGAUCUCAUAUGAAAGACAGCAGAGGAGAGUGGCGCAUGCCUCCCCCACCUUACCCCUGCAUUGAAACACCAGAGUCUAAGAUGAACAUAAACAGCUUUAUUAGCAUGGAUCCCAAAGUAGGAUGGGGCGAGGUCAACACCUUAACAGAGUUUGUGAAGCGAUUUGGCAUGACAUGAUCAUUUGCUACUUUAUCUUGGAAAAUUAUUUAUUGGACUGAAUUAGGUUCUUUGUCAUAUUUUCUUCAUAAAACACAAUGUCAGCCUCUUUUGAUAUUAAGCUAUUUUUCAAAGGCAAAAUGCUUGAUAACCAUAUUAUCCAUGAAAUAGACAUAUAAGGAGUACACUAAUUAUUCUGAAUGUCUGGGUUGUGUUGACAGGCAAUCCUGCCCCAGACUACCACACCCUGACAUUUGAAGGGUGGCCCACUGGAAAUUUGGGUGAAAAAGGUUCGAUAAUCCCUGAUUAUUCCCAAGCACAAAGACAGAACGAAUGUUGGAGUUCAAACCUGAGACCAGACAUAGCAAAAGUUAUUUUUGUAGUCUACAGGCUAUGUUUAAAUUAUUUGGGUAUGGACCUGUACUUGUAAUCAUGUGAGCUUUCUCCAUAAAACUGUAGUCAACCUUA